AUGUUAAGCGCUGAUGACACUUGGCGGAAGAUUUUAAAUAUUUGCAAUGGAUUUCAAGAUUUUACUUUAUUUCUAGGAUUCACAUACGAAUGGAUGACCUGUUAUCUACUAGAUAUACGUUAUUGCUUUAGUGUAUCAUUUCUUACACUUGAUAAAAUGUCAGGGGUUCACAUACGAAUGGAUGAUCUGUUAUCGGCAGCAAUAUGUGAAGCUGGUUUAGAAGAAUUCUUGUUGGCACCGGAAAUCAUUGAUAGUGAAGUUGAGAAGUCAGGAAAUGAUAUAUUAACACGGCCACUCAAUACCAGUGAUCAGGCAAACGAUUUGACAGGAUUUUCAUUAGGGAAAGCCGAACCAGAAGAUAAGAAGCAAAAUAUAGAAAUAUUAAGCGAUGGUUGUUUAAUCCUUCCUUCAUGUUCACAUACGGAUUCUGAAAGUAAUUCUCGUCCGGAUACACCGCGCGCUGAUGAUCCCUCAAAUAACAGCACCGAAAAUACAGCCAUUCAUCAACAGUCAGUUGAAAUCGUUGGAACGGCCGAAUUACCGAGUGAUUUAAGUAUUGACGAUGGUAAACGGACGACAGUAAACGAACAACAUGAAAAUACUGGCAAGUUGCCGGAUGGUGGAAACAAUAUUUUCCGUUCACAACGUUCAGUUACCUCAUCGCAACAACCAUUACAGCCGAACAAUUUAACGUCAGUCAGAAACUCUGUAACAGCACGGUCGACAGUGAAAGUACGUGAAAUGUGCAAAGCUACCAAUGGAGCUGACGAUGAUAAUGAUGUUGAAAUUAUCGGGGAAGCAUCGUGCAUGAGUGGUACAUCUUGGAACUUACCACGUCGCGUGAUAGUUAUGCAGCAACGUCCCAAAAAUGGUGUCGUUUACGUACGUCAGCGUAACUGGGAUAUCAUGCCACGGCGUAUUCCUACUACACGUGCAGUUUUAAGUCGAAACUGUAACGGAACAUUUGCCCUUCGUGGUAGUCGUAUAAUCCGGCCAGUUUUUCGGUCAGAUCGAUCAACACCUGUUUUCUUGCAAAGGAGCAAUACACCAUCAGCAUGCAUUGAGAGAGAUCCAGUGAACGUUUUGCAAGAGACAGGACAUCAGUAUUUGCCUUCAGCAGUAUUACAAUCGAAUAUCACAUCUUCAAAUGCUCAAGCAAGGAUUAUACGGAAUUCAGUUUUACGCCGAACAUCUCCAGUGACUGUGCAAGGUCCUCAUUCCACUGUAACAACAAACCGUGUGUUACCGAACUUGCAAAGAGCUCGAAGUCAUUUAACCGGUUCUAUUGCUAGUAUGAAACCAAUCUUAUCCAACACAUCAGGAAAUAAUAAUGAAAAACGACAGCUCGAUGCAACCGGUCGGAUACGUAUGCUUGGAAAUUCGGUUGAACCACGGCUACCUGUAGGUGAAGUUUUGCGACGUAUUCGGAUGAGUGAACGAAAGACGCCACAUACCGAUGAGUAUCAUGGUAGCGGGGCAUCAAAAGACGAAGUGUUCUUUGAUAAUUCAAGCACUAUGGAACGCAAACUGCUGGACCAGAAAGAAAAAAAAUCCGUAAGGAAUGAGAUGGAAACGGCCCUACAGUGCCGUCUUACUCAAAAUGAACAGGAGAUUGAUGAUGAGGAAGAGAAUUUGGGCUAUGCGGAAACGUAUGCAGAUUAUCGUCCAACGAAACUUCGUUCCGGCUUGUCGCAUCCGGACAGUGUUAUUGAAACUGCAUCGUUGAGUAGUGUUGCGCCACCAGAUAUACGUUAUAAUUUAACUGUCCCGGAAGAGAUCAUUGAUACAGGCGCGAUUUCAGCUGUACAGUUGGAAGCAGUUGUAUAUGCUUGUCAAGCGCAUGAGAUGCGCCUUCCAUCGAAUGAACGCGCUGGCUAUUUGAUUGGUGAUGGAGCUGGUGUGGGUAAAGGAAGAACGAUUGCUUGCAUCAUUUUUGAAAAUUAUUUAUUAGGACGGAAACGAUCAAUCUGGCUCAGUGUUUCGGCUGAUUUGCGAUACGAUGCCGAACGAGAUUUGAGAGAUAUUGGUGCAAAAAACAUCAAGGUUUACGCAUUAAAUAAAUUCAAAUAUUCCAAAAUUGGUGGAAAAGAAAAUGAUGUUAAGAAAGGUUGCAUUUUUGCUACGUAUUCAUCACUCAUUGGUGAAUGUCGUUCAGCAAAAGGUAAAUACCGAACAAGGCUUAAACAGCUGAUCCAAUGGUUUGGUCAGGAUUACGAUGGUGUUAUUGUGCUUGAUGAGUGUCAUCGUGCGAAGAAUUUGGUUCCAACAUCCGGUUCAAAACCAACGAAAACUGGCCGAAGUGUUAUGGAACUGCAAAAAGCUUUGCCAAACGCCCGAAUUGUUUAUGCUUCAGCAACUGGUGCAACAGAACCUCGAAAUAUGGCAUAUAUGACACGUAUAGGCUUGUGGGGACAGGGACAAGCAUUUCGAGAAUUUAGUGAUUUCAUUAAUGCUGUAGAAAAACGAGGCGUUGGAGCUAUGGAAGUAGUUGCAAUGGAUAUGAAGCAGCGUGGCCUUUAUCUGGCGCGACAGCUUUCUUUCCGUGGUGUGAGCUUUCGGGUUGAAGAAGUGCCACUGUCGGCAGAUUUCGUCGAAGUUUAUGACGCAUCGGUUAAAAUAUGGCUUGAAUGUCGACGACAGUUCCAGGCAGCUCUUACUCGUCAUUGUAUUGGUCGAACGCAAGUGAAACUGAUUUGGGGACAGUUUUGGGCUGCACAUCAACGAUUUUUCAAGUACAUCUGUAUUGGUGCAAAGGUAAAAUCAUGUGUCAAGAUAGUGCGUGAUGCAAUAAAAGCCAAUAAGUGCGUUGUGAUUGGUUUACAAACUACUGGUGAGUCGAAAACACUGGAAGCACUUGACGAUGCCGGUGGCGAAUUGAAUGAAUUCGUAUCCACUGCCAAAGCAGUAUUGGCGAGGCUUAUAGAAAAACAUUUCCCAACGGAAAAUACGAAUUCUUCAGCGGAUGUAUAUACCAAUUUCGACAAAAUGUGCAAUGAAUUAGAUCGUCCAGUCAAACGCAAAUUAGACAGAUUGGGGUCUGUGAGUUUGACAACCUUUGCUUCAUCUGCAAAACGGAUGAGACAAAAUUCGAUUACGGCAGAACAAACAAGUGAAGAGGAACAGUCUGAUUCGGAUGGUACGGAGUCAUCAACACGCGAUGAUAGUUCGCAAUCAACGGAAGAGGAAGAUGAAUCAUCGAGUGAAGAAGGAGAACCAUCAAAUGGAGCCAUCCAAGGUGAUGAAGAUACCUGGUUACAAAGAUUAUUGGAUGAAGCAAAAAGUUCAGAUGAGGAAGCAGCUGAAGAAAAAAGUGGCAGUGAAAAGGAGAAGGGAGGCAGUGACGAGGAAGAAUUGAAUCCAUUUACUUGUGAUUUUACUAGAGAAGAUCCAUGGGCAGCAAAGCAGCAGGUUAUUUCGGACUCACCAAAGAAGAAGAAAGUUAAGAAAAAGAAGAUCAAAAAGAAGCAAAAAAAAUCUACUAGUAAGAUCGAUUCUACAGCGAUGCAUAGUACUGCCGAUGUUUUCAUAUCAUCUUCACGUCUGGUAAGUGAUGAGGAUCUUACGCUUGGUGAAACUUCACUAAUCAAAGCUGAACUGCUGGCUGCUGUAGAGCGUCUAAGCCCUCGAUUGCCACCAAAUACGCUUGAUCAGUUGAUUGAUGAAUUGGGUGGUCCUAAUUAUGUCGCUGAGAUGACUGGUCGUAAAGGUCGUGUUGUAUGCCGUGAAGAUGGUGAUGUUGAAUAUGAACUUCGACAUGCUGGAGCAGAUGUACCGCUUGAAUUAAUGAAUAUGGAUGAAAAAGAUAAAUUUAUGAAGGGCGAAAAAUUAGUUGCUGUAAUUUCAGAGGCAGCAUCUUCCGGCAUAUCAUUACAGUCGGAUCGAAGAGCUACAAACCGUCGACGUCGCGUACAUAUCACGUUGGAAUUACCUUGGUCAGCCGAUAAAGCUAUUCAACAAUUUGGGCGUACACAUCGUUCAAAUCAAGUGAGUGCGCCGGAAUACAUAUUCUUGAUAUCCGAACUGGCUGGUGAAAAAAGGUUUGCAUCAAUAGUUGCUAAACGACUUGAAUCUCUCGGAGCAUUAACGCAUGGUGACCGUCGUGCGACAGAAUCACGUGAUUUGAGUCAGUUUAAUUUGGAUACGAGAUAUGGUCGAGCUGCCUUAGACGUACUGCUGCGAACGGUUACUGGAUUGCUCGAUCCUCCACUUAUACCACCACCAAAGGAUUAUAAACCUGGAAACUUCAUCAUUGAUAUGCAGUGUUAUAUGGAGGGUGUUGGUUUAUUAUCACUGGAUAAUGGUGUUUAUACAAUUGAAAAAGAAUCUGCAACUAUACCAAAGUUUCUAAAUCGUCUUCUUGGCUUACCAGUACAUGCACAGAACGCACUUUUCCAAUAUUUUUCUGAUAUCGUUGCUGAAUUGGUUGCACAAGCGAAACAUGAUGGAACUUAUGAUAUGGGUAUUAUGGAUCUUGGAAUGGGUGGGGAUGAGGCACGCAAGUUAGAAACUCGUGUAUUCAUGGGACGCUAUGAAAGUGGUUUCUUCCGAGUUGAGAUUCACAAAAUUGGUGUGGAACGUGGUGUGAGUUGGGAAGAUGCUUAUGCAAUUUGGAAGGAUCAUCACGAAGACCAGGAUGGUUUUUAUCUGGCAUCGGUUGGUAAUAAUGGGAAGAAGACUGCAGCUCUUGUUUAUGGUAUCGGCAAGAAACGUUUGGAUACAGGUGCACGCCUUUUUUGCAUAACACGACCAAGCACAGGUCGAAGUGCAAAACUGGAAACAAUUGAUGAGUUAACAAAACGUUUUCAUCUUGCCACUCCUGAAGAAACUGAGCAAGUUUGGAAAGAUUUGUUUGAAGGUUCGAACAAAACCUGUCAGCAUAAUUAUUUUCAUGGCCGUUGCCGGAACGAAGCGAUGGGUGUAUACUGUGAAACUGGACGGCGGACCCGAACUUACUUUGUUCUUUCGGGUUCGGUGCUCUCGGUAUGGCCGAUCGUUGAAGAAGUAUUGUCCAGCGGUAUGUCUGCUCGAGAAAUCAGACGAUCACAGCGGAUGCAGAUAAUCCGUGUCAGAACACCACAAGAUCACAAAAUCGUUGGAUUGCUAGUAUUGCCACAAUAUGUACGAACACUGGUUGCGCGUUUUGAGAAACACUGUGGUGGUUGUGUGGAGUCGAAAUCAGCAAAUACUUUAAAUUAA